GGCCGGUGUGCCAGCGGAGCGGGCGGAUCCCCCACGACGGGGCCCGGCUGACGUGUCUGCGCUACAGAGCAGCCCGGCCCGGCUGUGCCGGCCUGGGUUGAGGGGAAGAGAGGAGGAAAGAGGAGGCGGCGGAAAGCGAGCGGCGGAAAGCAGGCCGGCGCCUCUCGAAGACUCUGCCUUGCGAGGAGGCCCAGGCGGCGGUGGCGGCGGCAGCUCCUCGGCUGGAAGAAAAAGCCCCCGCCCGGCCUGCACCAUGUUCAAUGUGGAGAGCCUGGAGCGGGCCGAGCUCGGGGAGAGCUUGCUCACCUGGAUCCAGACAUUUAAUGUUGAAGCACCAUGCCAGACUGUGGAUGAUUUAACCAAUGGAGUCGUGAUGGCCCAAGUCCUGCAAAAGAUUGAUCCAACGUACUUUGAUGAAAACUGGUUAAACAGAAUCAAAACUGAAGUAGGGGACAACUGGAGACUGAAGGUGAGCAAUCUGAAGAAAAUUUUAAAAGGAAUUUUGGAUUACAAUCAUGAGAUUUUGGGGCAACAGAUCAAUGAUUUUAUCCUUCCUGAUGUCAACUUGAUUGGGGAGCAUUCGGAAGUUGCUGAGCUUGGAAGAAUGCUUCAACUUAUUUUGGGCUGUGCUGUAAACUGUGAACAAAAACAAGAGUAUAUCCAGACCAUCAUGAUGAUGGAGGAGUCUGUUCAACAUGUUGUCAUGACAGCCAUUCAGGAGUUGAUGAGUAAAGAAUCUCCAGUCUCUGCUGGAAAUGAUGCUUACGUUGAUCUUGACCGUCAGUUGAAGAAAACAACAGAAGAACUAAAUGAAGCCUUAGCAACCAAAGAAGAAAUUUCCCAGAGAUGCCAUGAACUUGAUAUGCAGGUUGCUACACUGCAAGAAGAGAAGAGUAGUUUGCUAGCAGAGAACCAGGUCUUGAUGGAACGCCUAAAUCAGUCUGAUUCCAUAGAAGAUCCCAACAGCCCAGCGGGCCGUAGACAUCUGCAGCUACAGACACAGUUAGAGCAACUCCAAGAGGAAACUUUCAGAUUAGAAGCAGCAAAGGAUGAUUAUCGAAUUCGUUGUGAAGAGUUGGAAAAGGAAAUUGUAGACUUGCGGCAACAAAAUGAAGAAUUAACAAACCUGGCUGAAGAAGCUCAGUCUCUGAAGGACGAAAUGGAUGUAUUAAGGCAUUCAUCUGACAAAGUGGACAAGUUAGAAGGCCAGGUGGAAUCAUACAAAAAGAAGUUGGAAGAUCUUGGAGAUCUACGGCGGCAAGUGAAGCUCUUGGAGGAGAAGAACACAAUGUACAUGCAAAACACUGUCAGCUUAGAAGAAGAGUUGAGGAAAGCCAAUGCAGCCCGCAGUCAGCUGGAAACAUACAAGAGACAGGUAGUUGAACUCCAGAAUAGAUUGUCUGAAGAAUCCAAGAAAGCAGACAAAUUAGAAUUUGAGUACAAGAUGCUGAAAGAAAAAGUAGACAGUCUGCAAAAAGAAAAAGAUCGGUUAAGAACGGAGAGAGAUUCCCUGAAAGAAACCAUUGAAGAGAUUCGAUGUGUACAAGCACAAGAGGGGCAGCUUACUACUUCAGGAUUGUUGCCCCUGGGAGGUCAGGAAUCUUCUGACAGUUUAGCAGCUGAAAUUAGUACCCCUGAAAUCAAGGAAAAACUCAUUCGGCUUCAACAUGAAAACAAGAUACUAAAGUUGAACCAAGAAGGAUCUGAUAAUGAAAAAAUUGCCUUGUUACAGAGCCUUCUGGAUGAUGCUAAUCUCCGAAAGAAUGAAUUGGAGACUGAGAACAGGCUCGUAAAUCAGAGACUGCUUGAAGUACAAUCUCAGGUUGAAGAACUGCAGAAAUCCUUACAGGAGCAAGGUUUAAAAACAGAAGAUGCUAUUUCAGUCAUUCUGAAAAAGAAGCUUGAUGAACAUCUUGAAAGGCUGCAUGAAGCUAAUAACGAGCUUCAGAAGAAGCGAGCUAUCAUUGAAGAGUUAGAGCCUCGAUAUAACAACAGUUCUCUCAAAAUAGAAGAGUUGCAGGAAGCUUUGCGUAAAAAAGAAGAAGAAAUGAAGCAAAUGGAGGAAAGAUACAAGAAAUACUUGGAAAAGGCUAAAAGCGUGAUCCGUACUUUAGAUCCCAAACAGAACCAAGGGUCGGCACCUGAGAUUCAGGCACUGAAGAAUCAGCUGCAAGAACGUGACAGAAUGUUCCAUUCUUUAGAGAAAGAAUACGAGAAAACGAAAACUCAAAGAGAUAUGGAGGAGAAAUACCUUGUCAGUGCCUGGUACAAUAUGGGUAUGGCUCUUCAUAAAAAAGCAGCAGAAGACAGACUUGCUACCACAGGUUCAGGACAGUCCUUCCUGGCUAGACAAAGGCAAGCCACCAGCACAAGAAGAGCCUAUCCUGGCCAUGUCCAGCCAGCGACAGCAAGGUAGAAGGCGGCCCUGCCUUUUGAAUGGAAGCCAUCCUGGGAUCAAGGCCUACUUCUGUUACGAGUGACAGCAUUUCAGGAAACUUUAGCCAGCAUCCUUUCUGUAUCUUUGUUCCUUGCGGUUGCUAUUAACUUCUCAUUUCAGGAAGGUGGUUGGUUUUUUUUCUUUUUUAAGAAAACACUUUCUCAAUGUUUUUAGUCUUACUUUCGGGAGCCUUCCCUUUGUCUUUUGAUGUGCCAAAAUGUUGGAAAACACCUAGUGGAAUGUAAUAACGGAGUCUCCCCCUCUCUUCCCCUUGUUUAUAUGGAAUUGUCCUGUCUCACCUGAAAGCUGAUGAUGGCUAAGUAGCAAACCGAAAAUGUCCCGUUGGCAAAUGAUGUUGCCAUCCUUUCCAAGGCUACCAUUGUAUAAAGGGAAUUACCUUUUCUUUCUCAAUCCAGUCUGAUCUGUUUAAAUUAUGUGAUGGAAUUUGCAAUGGUGUUGCAUAGAAUUGUUAUGAAAUGUGUUAGCAGCAAUAGUCAGAUGCUGGCAGAAGCUGUAACCUGGCUGCAAGUACCUGAUCGCGUGUGUUCAUGUCCUUCUAUUUAUCCUCCUCUUGGCUUUAAUUUGGAGAGGCAAGCUGAUUUUUGUCCUUAUUUGUCCAUGUUCUUUUUUCCCCUUUUAGCAUCACUAAGGUUUAAAAAUGAUUUGAUGUUCCUGUUCCAUUCUUGGUUAGUUCAAUCACAGUGGAAUAUGGCAACCAUUCAUUGCAUGGCCAAUUGCUUUAAAGCUUCCCUCUCUGCACUCUAACCAAGUGGAGCACCCAUCCUUUUCAUUGCCGUGUUAUCGCAGUUCUCCACCUGCUUGGAAAUCCUAGGAGAUGGGACCAUAGUAGUAUUCUACUUACUGUGUGCCUUGAUCCUACAGAUGCCUAGUAUUCUACAUGGUUAAACCAUCAUGGAGAAAUUUUAUGAAGCAGUGUAGAACAGUGCCCUCCUGGUCCCCCAGAUAUCAUUUGACUCAAACUCCUGAGUCCCAGGCAGCGUGAUCAGGCAUGAUGGGAAUUGUAGUUCCAAAACUUUCCCAUUCCUGGUGUAUUAGGGUUGAUUUUGAUUGGAUGUCUUUGGUGGAGGCUGUCUUCAAAUUGCCAGCUACCACUGAGGACUAUUUUUAAUAGGUCAAUAAAGGAGGGAGAGUCCAUUCAUUGCCUUACAGGUGGUACCAUUGCCUUCAGGCUUGGUGAUUCUGACAUGAAAACUCGCUGUCCUUUUGUGCCAAAUCUUCAUACAUGCCUGUACUGUUAAUGGGUCUUUGUCAUGAAGGAAGGCUACCAAUUCCCCUUCAGAUUUUGAUCCUUCCAAGUAUCGCGUUCUAGAUGUUGAGCCACUUGCACCCUUUUCAAAUUAAUGUGUGAGACGUUUGGGGUUGCUCAAGACGAGUAGUUCCAUAUGGAUCCGCCGUGGAAGUAGUUUAGAGGUUUUGUUGGAAAACUUCACCUUAAAAUAAAAAUCAGUGUGUCUAACGUUCAGCAGAGAACAGCUUUUGUUGUGUAUCCUUCCAAAUGUAGAUCAUAGUGACCUUUUCCUUUCGAGGAGGGGAAAGGAAUCAGAGAUGGCUUUAACUUGGAAGUCCACCUGGUUUUUAUGGUCACAUUUUCAGUAUAAAAUGUUUUUCUUCUCAUCCUCAUUUUGUGCGAGAAAGCACAGCACAUCUUAAUUUUAAAAAAGGAAUUUUGCCUUUAUUCAGCACCACCCUAGUACAUAAAAGGAGUUCUUAAAGUUCAGUAAUGUGUAGAAUAGUAAUUAAAAGGCAGGGUGUGGCUGUUAGCCCUUUGUAGUAUGGUUUCAAUGUUAGAUGAAGUAAGCCAGGUAUUUCCCUCAGUAGGCAUAAAAGUAAAUAAAAAAAUCCUUCACAGGAUCAUUCACUUGGUAAUCUGCCUUUUUUCUGCAAUGGUGAAUUUGAAGCUGGAGACAAAAUAUGGGAGGUAUCUAUGCAUAGUUUUCAAUUGCACUUACAAGCAAAGGUGUUAGAUUGGCAUCCUGUCUGUUUUUGCUGGUGGCAAGUAGUGUACUAGAAGCAAAAGAGCAGUGAUUAGUAUUGAGUUAACCAGUUUUAGAGUAAUGCAUAUUAUUACACUUGCUAUUCCGGGUCAGAUAACAUCUCCAGCAGUCUUAAUUUUGCCAGCUGAAUGCUUCUGUAGGCAAAAACUUCUUAUUCUGUUGGGAGUGGCAGGAGAGAGUUUUUUUUCUUUUCCGCAGGCUGUUGUGCAUCUGAUAGAACUAUUCCUGUUUGUUCUGUGCCUGAAAGAAAAGUUGAAGACAACUUUAAUUUUACAAUUGAACCCGCAUCUUUUUCUUUUUCUACUUUUGAUUUCCGUUCUUGCUUUCCUUUCUCUCUUAGCUGGCGCUGGGGUUUUGCCUGUCUUCCACAGCAUAUUUUUGUUUCAUUUUUCAUCUAGCAUGAAAGCAAAAGCAACUUCUUUCUCCACUUUGGCUGCCAUAUUUCUUGUUUGCAUUGAAGUGGGAGGCAGGCUUAUUAUCAGUAUUCUGAAAUGUCAAGAAGCCUUCAUUAAAAACACAAUUAAAUUUUACUUUGACGCAUUGAGAACCGAAUAUACAUUCUUGUCGAUCAUUAAAAACCAAGGAAAGCAACAGCCGAGGACGAAAUUCCCAGAACGACAGUUGCACUUAAUUCCUGUUGAAAUGAAUAAAGACAGUUGUGGUUAAAUUAAGUGUCUCUAAUUUCUAGAGGACUUCAGUGCAACUGGCUUUCUAUAUAUCAGGGUCAUUGUGUCUUGCUGCUGUCUGCUGAUUUUGUGGCAAAGACAGAAAUAAAAGGCUUGUUUCUAAAAUAUUUAUAUUGGCUGGAAUGGAAACAAUUCAUAAACCAAGCAAGUCUGUUAAUUUUUUAUAAACAUGUUCACUGGAUUUUCCUCGGAUAGAGCAGCAGUAAUGUUGGCUUGUACUUCCUUAUUCGAGAAGUAUGUGUUCUAACGAUGGAUAAAAUUGGGGUAGGCAAAUGGAAUGGAGUUCAUAUUUUUCUAAAAGAAACAUUUAGCAGUGUGGGCAUUACCAGGCUUGUAUUUAAAUGUAUCCCUCCAAGUAGAUUGUCUUCAGGCAGUGAAGGCUAGGGAGGCGGAGAGGGCUGCUGUAAGAUGAGUUGGCUUGAUGCAAGAAAACACACACCCUACAGUUGUGUGGGUUGUAGCUUUUGCUUGUAUGAUUUUUAACUUAAAAAUUAGGCAAUGUUCCCUCUUGUAUUCCAAAAAUUUCCUUUUCAUGUUUGUAUUUUUCUCCAAAUUGAGGACAUUGGUAGAUUUUAUCUGUCCCUUGCAUUCUUCCUGUCGAAUUAGGUCUUUCAUCAGUUACAAUAUUCAGUUGCAGUUGAGUACUGGAAAGUGAAGGGGCCCUCUGAAAGGUGUAUCAGAUUAUUUUUAUGGCUUGCAAACAGAUCAGAUAUGCGGCAUUUCUGACGGUGUCUCCUAGUAAGUCAUAACUGGGAGGUUUAAAGAGAGAAAAACCUUCAGUCUCCCAGCCAUUAAAACAGAUGAUACUGGAGGAACAUAAUUCUCUUUGGGUUAGCUGUGUGCGCACACCCCACCCAUAGGGUAAUGUCUGACAAAAUUCUUUGUGUGAAUCACUGCAUGCAAGCAGGAUCAGGAACUGCACCUCCACCUUGCAAAGAGACAGGUAAAUGUGGAACUCAUCCCUG